AUGCCCGCCUCCGGCGGGCCCGCUGCGCUGCCGGCCUUGUGCGUGGCGCUGAUAGCUGGUCUGGACUGGCGAGCGAGCCCCCUCCGGCCUGGACCCGUGCCACGGAGUGAGGCCCUGGUGUGGCUCGACGGGGGCGCCGACGCCGGCGUCGAGGCCUUGUUGACGGCUCCGACUCCCACGGGGGAAGAGUGGUGCGCUGAUCUCCCUCGCGGUGCUCUCGCCCGGGUGAGCUACGACGACGACGUCAGGGACCUCGAGCGUGUCGUGGUUUGGCCCUCGCGGCGAGGGGAAGCUGUCGAGCGGGUGGGUCUGCACUUCUACUGGGUCCUCUCGCCCGACGGCAACUGGUGGAGGGAGCUGCUCUCAGGGGCCUCACCUACCGACGGCCCUUCGGACGACGAGCGCAUCGCCCGGGUGAGCUACGACGACGACGUCAGGGACCUCGAGCGUGUCGUGGUUUGGCCCUCGCGGCGAGGGGAAGCUGUCGAGCGGGUGGGUCUGCACUUCUACUGGGUCCUCUCGCCCGACGGCAACUGGUGGAGGGAGCUGCUCUCAGGGGCCUCACCUACCGACGGCCCUUCGGACGACGAGCGCAUCGCCGACGGGGGCGCCUCGCCUGCUGAUGGCCGGAAGCUGUGCAGCUUCCGCGAGCGGCCGACCCCUACUCGGCUCGUGGAGCCGGCCGACGGGUGCCGACUGGCGAUGGAGGCUCGCGGGCAGGCGGCUGCCGGGGGGCCCGCCCACGUGGAGCUCGCCUCUGGCGUGCUGCUGGAAGGCCGGGCGUCACGCCGUGUGGCCGAGCUGGGCCGUCUCCUGGAGGUGGCAGUUCCCGUGGCGACGCUCGGCUCCUCUUCCCCGGGCGGUGUCCUGGAUGGCGCCGCUGCCAGCGGCGCGGAGGGCGCUCCCGCCCGGGAUGGCGCUCCGUCGGCUGAUGCUUUGGCUGACGCCGCUCGAGAUGGCACUCGCAUGUUCUGGAUCGAGUGGGACGGCCAAGGGGAGCGGUACAAGGGGUUCAGAGAGGCCGCGAACGAAUCGGCGGACUGUGUCGAGGGCCACCAGCGUCAGGAGGACGGCCUGACUCGCCUGCACACCUGCAAGAUGAUGUACCACACGAUGGGCACCCCUCGGAGAUGGCUCGAGAAGUUCUUGAGUGACAAGCACGUCGUGCACGCCGACCGGGUGUUCGAGGAGGCCGUGUCCUUCGACCAGGCCAACCUGGGGGGGCUCGCUCUCCUUGUGGUGGCCGAGCGCCGGCUCAACGUGACCGUGGACGCCUACAAGUGCGCGGGCACCCCCUCGUUCGCCACCGCCAAGUACUUGGCUCCGCUGGGCGAGUCAGACGAGUCGACGGCGCCGCCGCCGAGGAGCCACGUGGCCUACCACAUGAAGGAGGCCUGUGGGGUCGAGCAGUCCGUGAUGAAGGCCGAGGCUGCGGAUGCUCGUGUGACAGACUUGUUCCCCGUGCCGAUGAUGGCUGCGCCGGGCGGCUCCGCCCGUGGGCGCAGGUCUCAGCAUAGGACUCGCGCUCGGCAGCACGAGGUGGAAUUGGUGAAUCGCGCCCUCCGCAGCUUGAACUGGUUGGCCGGCUUCAAGGGCGCGGCCGCUUCACCGAGUCCGGGCGCAACGACCCUGGACAAGCAUGCAGCCCUUCAGCAGCACUUGCUUCGUGAAGCUCAUCGGCGACAGGCCGCAGCUCCGCAGGUGAUGCCGAGGGCGGAGGCAGCCCUGAGGGAGCUGCUCCGGGGGCAGUCCGUGUACGAGACGGACUUGGCCCCAAGGAACCUCGUCUCCUACCUGCCCGGCAAGGUCUCACUCCCCGACAGCGUGCUGGACUGCCGCUUCAUCGAGGAUAUCGUGAGCCCUGGGUGCCGCUCGUUCUUGGAGGAGAACCACAAGCGUAUGAGGUUGGAGCCGGAGUCAGUCAACUUCGACAGCAUGCCGCGGCUAUACAUGGACCCGGUGCUGAAGAGGAACCCCAAAUCCUACCGUACCUUUCUGCGGGAUCUUGCUGGACGCGGACUUCUUGGUGUAACGGCUAGGCCCGCCGAGUCGGUGGGCCUGUUUUUCGUAGCUAAAACGAACGGGGCACAGCGUAUGAUAAUUGAUGCGAGGCGGAGCAACGGCCACUUCAGAGCCCCGCCAGGCGCGCAGCUUCUCAGCAGUGAGGGUUUCGGCCGGAUCGAGAUUGAGUUGCCGCCUGGUGUUCUGCCCUCGUCGGUUGAGGGGCAGCGGCUCCUGGACGCCUUCGCCGUCUACGUGGCCACCACCGACGUGAAGGACUGCUUCUACCGGACGCGCGUGCGCGAGGACCUUGGCCGCUACUUCUGCCUGCCCGCCGUCCCCAAGUACGUGUUCGACGGCCUGCAGGUGGCCGGCGUCCCGGCGGAGACCCCGCCAGACGCUCCCGUGCGGCCCUACUUGGCCGUGCUGCCCAUGGGGUUCACGUGGUCGUUGUACCUGGCCCAGGCGGCGAAUGAGGACAGGGCGUGCCGAAGCCCCAGCCUGUGCAAGGCGAUGCCGGCUGGCAGGCAGCAGCCCUUGAUUCAGGACCAGGCCGAGGCCUUCGUUCUUCGCGCCGCCUCGCGCGGGGUCGGGGGCGCCUACGUGCACGUGGACAACCUAGGCGCCGUGUCGGACGACGCCGAUCUCCGUGAGAGGAUGGUGUCAGAAUGGGGCGAUCUUUUCGAGCCGGUCGGGCUGGCGCUCCACAAGUCAGAGUCCCACGGGGGCGCUGGUGAGGCUCUCGGCACCGAGCUUGACGGCGUCCGCCUUCGCUCGGGGAUCACCUCGAGCCGGGUUUGGAAGCUCGAGCGAGGCUUAACUGGCCUUCUCGCUCGGGGGCGUUGCAGCGGCCAGGCGCUUGAAAAAGUAAUCGGGCAUUGCACGUUUUGCGGCCUGGCGGCUCGUGAGUCCCUGUCUAUCUUCCACACUGUCUAUAAGUUCAUUUCGGUUCAGUAUCUCGACGCGGGCCCGAUGUGGCCCGAAGUGGUCGAGGAGCUCGUAGCUUUUAGAGGGGUCCUUUUACUUCUGGGCCGCGACUGGUGGCUGCCAUGGAACCCUUGCGUUUUAGAAACCGACGCCAGCCUAGCGGGCUGGGCGAUGGCCCAAAGCUUCUGGGACCCAGCUCAGGUCGCCGGCGUCGGUCGUGUCAGCGAGCGCUCCCGUUUCAGGCGCGUCGGUGCUCACUCCGCUCGGGAAUCCGCACUCACCUCCGCCCACCUCUUCCGUGACGAGUCAGGCGAGUGGAGAAGCCAGCUCCUAGGAGACGAUCUUCUUUCAGACGACUGGGGGGUCGUUGCGGGUUUUCCCGAAGUCCCCUGGCAGCUCCUCCGGGGCUCGGCCUGGAAAACCGUCCGGAAGGGGGUUUGGGGCCUUAGCGAGGGCAUUCUGGUGCUGGAGGCCCGGGUCUUGGUGAAGGCCAUCCGUAGGCUCGCCAGGACCAGACACGGGUCUUGCAUCAGACAACUUUUCUUGUGUGACAAUAUGGCCGUGGUCCUAGCUUUUGCCCGCUCGAGGAGUCAGGACUUCAAGCUUCUGGUCCAGAUUCGACGCUUCAACGCUUACGCUCUUGCCCUUGGCAUCGCCCCAUAUUUUAGAUGGAUCCCUUCGGAGUUUAACCAGAGCGAUGCCGGGAGCCGCGAUCACUCGGAAGAGUCUGUCCCGACGGAUGCGUGCUCGGACGCUGCAGCCGACGUGGGCCCCAGUGCGGCCGAUCCCUCCAGGGCCGCUACGUGUUCGGCCGAGACCUGGCGUUCGCCCGCCGCCUUGCCCGAGUGCUCCGCUGGCGGCGAGGGCGAGGGCGAGAAUGCUGACGGGGCCCCAGAGAGCGACGGAGGCACGUGGCCCCAGAGCCCGCCUCGACGUGCCGACGGGGGUCCACGGCGCCCGACCGGCCCAGACAUGCUUGGAGCGCCGCCCUUGCCAGCCGCCGACGACCUCGCUCCCGCGGCCUCCGCUGGCGACGACGAGGCGGGCGCCGAGGGAGAGGGCGAGUCGAGCGGGCCCGACAACGUGGUGAACCAUGCGACGGCGGCUUCGAGGAGAUCUCGCCGCCUCCAGGACUCCCGGCGCCAACGCCAAGCGGCCCUCCACACGGACAUGUUCAUGCAGGCCGUUGUCGGGGGGCCCGCGUUGCUGGAGCGUCUGGCGGUGACUCGCCGGGCGAGGGAACGCUACGCCAAUUAUCUCGAUCGUUCUUACUCGCAUGCCGACCCGACCAACGACAAGCUCAUGAGGGGCACGAACGAGGCCGUGGACUGCUGGGCGUGCGACUACUUCAACGCGAUGUACCUGUCCGAGGAGCAGAGCGGCCUGGAGGACCAGACGGGAACUGCCCUGGUGGGCCGGCGCCCAGCUUUCGACCAGCGGGGCGGGGGAGCCCCGCCACGGACGUGGCGAGCGCUGGAGGCGUGGAGACAACGGGCGCCUCCGCGGACCCGCCAAGCACUGCCGUUCGCCGUGCAGUCGCCGGGGGUGUGGCUGCUGGCGGACAGGGGCCUCCCGCUCAUGGCUCUGUCCUUAGCGGUGGGCCUCUCCGCCUGUUCCAGGUCCUCUUCUCUGGUGGCAGCUCUAAGGUGCGCCCUGGUCCCACCGCCGCGUGCAACAGUGGGCAGCUGGAACCUUCCGACUCACCCGGAGGAGGAGGGAAGACCGAGCAAAACAAAUCGCUACAACGAGGAGUGCCUCCUGGACUCGAGUUACUUCCAGGGGGCAGGCCCUCUAUUCCCCGAGCCCGAAGUGAGCGGAGACCGGCCAAUGCUGUGGCCUUUCGCGUACCUAGAGCUUUCAAAGGCGGUGCAACUGGCGGCGGCCGAGGACGGGGUCGACAGGCUGACACUGUACCACCUCCGCCGCUCAGGCGCGAGCAUCGACGCCAGCAGGCUCUCGCGUACCCUAGAGGAGAUGCGGAUGCGGACCUGGCAGUCGCUCGUGCCAAGCUAA